AUGGCACCCCCUCGCCAUGGCAAUGGAUACACACCCUUCGUGGAGUUGAUCGCACUGGAAAAAGUGGACGAAACGACCUACCGCAGUACUUCUCUGCCCUUCUCUCCUAAUGGUUCUGGAAGAGCAUACGGCGGUCAUGUCUAUGCCCAAGCCGUCUGGGCAGCGGCGCAGACGGUCGAGGCUGGCUUUGUAAUACACAAUGUCACGGGCUUCUUUGUCCUUGCUGGCAUUUCUUCGAUCCCGUUCAUCUACCGAGUUCAGACUAUCCGGAACGGCCGGUCGUAUUGUACUCGCUUGGUCAACGUCACUCAAGCCGAAGGCGAUGGAACAUGCUUUACCUGCACUUGCUCGUUCAAGCUGUCCGAGGAGAGUCAUUUUGAUGUCCAAGAGAAGAUCGACCUAGACCAGCGAUAUGGGAAAGUUCUUUCUAACAAGAAGCCGGAAGACUGGGACGAAGUCUCCGGCAUGGACGUGCCUUGGUACAAUACUCGCCGAAAACUCACUGGUUUCAAUGACGCAUUCCCCGGCCUGGAAUCUCGCAAAGUUGACAUGACCCCGAUAAACACUUCCCUCUCACCGUUCGAUCAUCGCCAACUAUUCUUCUACCGCGCAAUCGGCGACCUGCCCUCGGAUCCUAACAUCCACGCCUGCGCACAUCUUUAUGCAUCCGAUCGCAAUUCUCUCUUUAUCGUAGCAAACCACUUCGGAGUCAGCGACAAGUUCACUCACAUGGCAAGUUUGAGUCACACGGUAGUGUUUCACAGUCCGGCUUUGCAUAUCAUGAUGCAGAAUCAAGCCAAGGAGAAGCAUUGGUUUUGUCAGGAAGUCUGGACGACGAGAGCAGGUGGAGGACGAGCUACCCAUCACAGUCGUAUCGUCGGGCCAGAGGGUGUGCAUGUGGCUACUACCUUCCAGGAAGGCAUGAUAAGAGUAGGUCUUGGUGAAAAUCAGUAUGAGAAGGCGUACAAGAAGUCACUGGAGCGUCUAUGA